AUGUCGACGAGUACAACACCAAACGAACAGGAACUGGUAAUUGAUUACAAUCAUGAUGAUUUAUAUGAAGGCAAUACAAAAAUCAGUUAUAUGCAUCUCGAAAAAGGUCUCCUUCUCUUUGUUUAUUUACACGAAACAAGUUCUAUUCUAAAGGCCAACGCUCGUAUUUACAAAAAACUAUGGACUGGUCAGAUAUGUUAUCAUUCUAUUGUUCCAAACAACUUUCACGAUCCAUAUUUCUGUUCAUUUGAUCAUUCUGAAGCGUACAAACAACCGAAUCUAUGUAGAAAUUGCUCUCGCUUUUCCACUACAUCGCGCAAUAUGGAGACAAAUGACGAGUGUAGUUUGUGCGGCAAAAAGAUUCAAGAAGGGGAAACCAUAAAGACGAUGGUAAAUGGUCUGCUCGGCCAUCAAGCGUGUCUAAAAAAAACUUUCGAUAUCCCUACGCAAGUGUACAACCCAAACGAAGUCAGAAAUCUGCUGAGUUCAAGUGAACCCACUCUGCAUACAAUACAGAUAGACGAAAAUCAUUGGAAAUGCAAAGAUUGUUCGACGCAAAAUGUCAACCCAACUAGACGAUGCGGAGGGUGUGGUAAAACGCGAUCUAAUCAAAAUACAUCUGGCAGUAGUGCGUGGAACACGGCACUAAACGAGGAAGAAUAUGGGUCCACAUCGGCACCCGGUGCACCAAAAACUUCUGAACGAUACCUGCCUGCAAAAUCAUACAUGUAA